UUCAUAUACCUGGGAUCCCUAAUAACAAAUGACGGAGGAUAUGACAGAGAAAUACGUAGAAGGUUGACUAUUGCUAGAACAGCUAUGAUGAAACUGAUAGCAAUUUGGAAAAAUUUUAUCAUAACAAUACACACAAAACUAAGGCUGGCAAGGGCGCUUAUUUUUUGCAUAGCCAUAUACGCAUCCGAAACGUGGACCUUAAAGAAAGCGGAUAAAAAUAAACUGGACGCUUUUGAAAUGUGGGUAUACCGCCGUAUGUUGAGAAUAUCCUGGAUUGAUCAUCGCACUAACAGUAAAGGAUAUAUUGCUUAAAUAAAUACAACAGAGAUAUUUGCAGUACGUUGGACACAU